GUCUAUGAUUGCCAUUUAAAGGAGAAACCAUGCCAAGAAAAUGCCAACAACUUGAAACCACGAUCUUGCGUAGACCACCUAAAGAAUGGCGCAGAAAAGUGCGAUUACUACAAGAUUUACGAUGCUGCAGGGAAUGGAUUCACUGUGUACUGUGACAUGGAAACAGAACCUGGUGCGGCCUGGACACUUGUCAUGUCUUGGAGCCUGAAAAACAAACAUUUCGCGAAUUUUAGGUACUUGUUUGGAAAUGCUAAAGAUCGUUAAGUUAUACUGAAUAUUAUUUAUUUCUUCAAAAUAUUUUCCCGUUUCUGAUUGGCCUAAAUCUCCUGGUAAUUUAUUUAUAACCAGCUGGUGUUAAUAAAAUUUUGGAAGAAGUUUGUUGUUAAAUUAUAACAAUCGAAGUCAAUCGUUCCGGAUGUUAUGAACAGAAAAAGGGUUGCAAAAAUGGCAAAGAACCUGUGUGCACGUGGGGAAUCAGCUAUUUUGGCCGUGCAGAGCUAAAGAAAAUUACUGAAAAUUUUAAACUCCCUGAGCAAAGAACAAAUAGCCAAACUACUGCCUCAAUAACGUAGUACGGAGAGGCAAAAAUCAGCCCAUACAUGGAUGCCAAUCUAUGGUUUGUCAGGCGUGAGGGGUGUGUUUGAUUAAUUCUUUUCGCUUUGUAAAAUUUGUACAUUCCCUAGUUGUUAAGGGGGCAUUACGGUUGUUGUUGUUAUUUUUUGGGGGGGGGGGAUAAUAAAUGUUGAUUUGGGAAGGAAAUAAAUUAGGGUAGAAAAGGUAUACACAUAAGCCACUUAGUCCGCUAAUGGGAUCAGAGGCACCUUGUUGUGGUGGUGGACUAUCUGGUAAUUGUCUACGUAUUAUUUCACUUCAUAUUUUAAUUUUUAUCAACCCCCAAAUCCAAUAGUUUCCAGUUUUUCCAAAAUUUUAAACAUCCCCCUAAUUUUUCGUACAUUUAACCAUCCGAAAGAUCAUCCAAAAAUUCUCAAAAAAUUAUUGAAUUAAGGUCUCCAACUUAAUUGAGUUAUGUUUUGAUUGAAUGAAAUCUUGGCUACAUAGUCACUAUUUACGAAAAAGGGUGGAAAUCAAAUAAUGCUUUUAACCAGACUACCCCAGGUAGGGAAGGGGGGGGAGGUGACUCUAUUGUUUUCCAAGUACGUUUCUUGACCCACUCUGCUUGCUAGUGUGUCACACAGCAACGGGUAAGAGCCUCGGGUCGCUUGUGCAAAUUACACCGGUCCGCAACACCAAGAAACCCCCGAAUUUGGAUAUGAGAAUGCAAGUUUACUUUAUACUUUUGUGUUUGCCGACAGACAAACACCCUUGUCAGUCAACAAUCCGGUUAACGAAAACUCGCCUAACUGGUUCCUCUACCGGCUGACAAUGGACAGAAUGAAGUCACUGAGGGACGUAUCCACCCACUGGCGAGCCACCUGCAGUUAUGACAAGUACGGCAUCAACAACUACAAAGACUACGUCCGUGGAAAGUUUGCAGACGCCGACAUCUUUGCCUUCCUUGGUCAAGGUGUUUGCCUUAAGACCGAGCUUGUCAACAUCCGUGGUCACACUGGAAUACACAAGACUGCCGGGUUCUGGCAGGUAACCGGUCGGUACUUGGGCCACAUGAGCACAGAACACAAAUGCCAGUUCGAUUACUCUGUCGGCCAAGUGACCAGUGAGGACAACUUUGGCUUCUAUGGCACAACAAACCCCAAGUUUACUUGUAUAAUGAAUGGCGACUCUACCACGCAGUGGUGGUUCGGUAGCUAUCAGUAA